UUUGCUCUCUGUUGAGUGUUGUUUUCAAUAUUGGUCUUGGUUGUUGAAUGUUUUGAGGUUGUGAACCCAGUACAUUACUACUUCUUGCUCAAGUCUCAAGUGUUUGCUUUGAACUUUAUAAAAUAUGUGCUAACUAUUCUGAUAACGUUUUUGUUUAACGUCAUGGUUAACUCUCAUCCCAAAUGUGAGGUGAUGAAGUAUUUUUUCCCUUGAAGUUAUCUACUAUAAUUAAAAAUGCUAAUGCAUUGUGCCGAGUCAAAUAGACUGGAAGACUGAUAAACAGUUAUUCUACUCUCCACACGGAAAUUCAUUCGUAAAUGCUAGCCUUGAAAGUGAAAGACAGCAUAAGCUUAACUGUAGAAGUUAUAUAGGUACCGUAUUGUAUUGCAUUGAAAAAGUAUUUUGGCUUUUUAGGAACCAUGGAAUUGAAAUACUUAUCUCUUUCCGCAAAUGCGGUAUAUAUAAUGGGCUUUUUCCUGUUAAACUCGAGCGUUUGUGGAGAAAGAAAUAGGAUUUUCAAUGAUCCACAGCAAAUAGGAGACGCUGAUCUAGUUACUUGGUCCGGCCUAUCCAACGAAGAUAGAUUCAAAGACAUUCUAUCACAUAUUUUGAAACCAAGAGUGGUGGGAACAAAAACACACAAGGAAGUUCAAAAUGUGAGAAUCAUCGACUUAUUAUUUAUUAUGGUAUAAUUUAUUAUAAGAGUUUUAAGUUAUGUCCUUCCAAAAUCACUAAUGGUCCGGACCAAACACUGUAGGUCCAUCAUCUUUUCCCACAGUUUGGUAAAACUAGACUAAACUUCGAUUUUAACUGCGUUAUGUCAACAUUUUGUUUAUAAUGCGAUACAU